CGGGCGAUAUGAUUCUAUGAGCGACACGUUUCAAAUAUAUAAGCUGGCUUGCGAGAAAGCUUUACGUCGUUCUACCAAAUCUAGUAACAUUCUACGAGACGCUUAUGAAGGAUUUUCUAAGAUUCCCGACAUUUGGGCCCUGAUGGUCGUUCGUGGUAACAAGCAGAGAACGCAAUAUUUAUCAACGGUAGAGGCUAUGGAAUCAAUGGUUGACAUAAACUACUAUAAUCUCAUUUUAGAAAAGCUUAUUACCGACGCUAACACGUUUUAUACGUUUCAGGUUUCUCUUAAAUUCGUAAGCCCAACAGAGGAGAAUCCUGUUUUUUCAAACAAGAAAAAAAUUGGGAAACGAUUGAAUGAUUUAAUUCAAGAUGAGACGUCCCGUUCGUUGCUAUUAUAUGAGUUGAGGAGCCUCUUUGAAUCCUUCAAUGCCAGUAAUAUCGAAUGGAACGAUCCACUCAGCUUCGCGGAUUUCCAAGGAAAUGAUGAGGAAUUUGAAGACAUAUGCGUGAUGCAUAGGAUUAUAGACUCUAUCCGACAUAUCUGGUGCUACUUUAACGAUGAAAACAAGGCUGAUGAAGGGACAUAUAUCGUCCGCAUAGUAUCUAAUUUUCUUGAUUCAUUAUUUUGCUAUGAAAAUAGCAAACUUAAAAUUAUCUGGGCCGAAGAAGUUUCGGAGGCAUCUCAACGUCGGAUGGAUGAUUCUGGAGAAAUCAGAAUUGGUCACAAACCCGAUUUUCGUGUGAAGUCCCCACUGAUUGCUGGUGAAGUGGAAAUCUGUCUCAUGGAGGCCUCACGUGUUCUCCCAACUGAUAAAAAGAUUCGUGAUGAUUGGGAUAAGUCGAUCAAGCUUAUGAAAGAUGCUCAUGUGCGAUUACUGAGGAAGCUCACUAGAGGGAGGGUUGGGGACGUGAAGGAAAUAGAGGAGGAUCUUAACAGGGUGCCAGUUUUUGGUAUCCAAGUUGCUGGAGGAACUAUGGCAUGUUGGGUUAUGACUAUGCCAUUUGGAGCCUUUUACUUUGUUCAACGUCUUGGUUCAGUGCAAAUUCCUAUGAAUCGAGGCCAAUCUUCACUCGCUGGAUUUAUGGAUGAAUUAUGGAAGUUAAGGGCGUCUCUACGAAACCACAUUCGCACCCUUAAUGAGAUUGUGGAAAAAGUUGAUGCGUCUUUAUAUAACAUAGCUUUUUGUUCACCACAAGCUCGGGAAGAUGUGCCCCUUUACGAUGGAGAGCAAUCGCUAAGAACUUCACUGACAAUAGCAAUUGCAAAGUCUGCUAAACGAAAUCGGCGAAAGAAGUUAACUCGAUACGCCUAUAAGGUUCUGGCGAAUCAGGGAAAAGAAGCAACUAUUAUCCCCAGUAACGAUAAAGACAUUCAAAAUAAUGAAGCACCUACUGUUAAUCCUAAUAUUCAUGAUAAUACAGAUAAUCAGAAAAAACAUGAAAAAACAGAGAUAUUCUACAAUCCAGAAAAGCACAAAACACAAAUAGAGACACGGAAAUCUACGAAAAAAGAUACUGUUAAUUAUAUCCGAACACAGUGGGUUUCUGAGAAUUUUGUCGCUGAGGAUCUUAAAUCAACCAAUUUAUCCCAGCCUUCCACAGUAGUCAGUCCGAAGUCUACAUUCAUCGAAAAAUUCUUAGAAAAAAGGCGCGAAAGGCGAAUUGCAAAUCAAAUUCCUAUUGAUGACAUCUCUUCGAUACCAGAAAAAUAUAUGAAGUUAUUGGAGGUAGAGAUAUUUCGCGAACCCAAUGUCUUAGAAUCAAUACCUCAAGAUUUAUGGAAUGGGUUUGGACAAUGGGCAUGUUUUAUUAAUAAG